AUGGCUACCAAAGAGUUCUAUUUUGCCAUUAUUGGACACUACGAUCAGCCGAUCUUUGAGAUGGAUUUUCCGGCCGGCGAGAAGAAGACGAAGGAAUCCGAGGGCACUCGCCACCUCAAUCACUACAUUGGACACGCCGCUCUGGAUAUUGUCGACGAACACGCGCUCACUACUUCGCAAAUGUAUCUGAAAGUUAGUUUUUUCGAAGAGUGACUCAAUGAAGAAUUGCAAUAAAAAAUCACAGUCUGUCCCCAACGGUUUGGAGAUGAAACGAAGCAUUGAAUCACUGAAAAUUGUUUGUCUGCGUCAUCUUAAGUAGCGUGAAGCUUUCAGCAACCCCAAAACUGGGCAACGGGCCAUGUGUCAAGAGACCCACUCUUACAAAUUCUCAUGAUGGAUACCAGGGGAAUUGAUUAUUUUUCUUAGCAUGCUGUGAAAUUACUGAAAACUUGACUUGUUUGAAGUAACUCUUAUAUCAAAAUGAGCUCAAAAAGUUCUGAUUACAGAUGGUCGACAAGUUCAACGAGUGGUACGUGUCAGCGUUCGUCACCGCCAGCCGAAUCCGUUUUAUCAUGCUUCACACGCAUCGUGCGGACGAGGGAAUCAAGCAGUUCUUUCAGGUAAGCAUUGAAGUGUUUCAGCGACGUCCGAUCAAUUGUGAAAAACACACAAACAAAUCGGUUUUUCAGGAAAUGUACGAAACUUACAUAAAACACGCAAUGAAUCCGUUCUACGAGAUUGACGACCUCAUCGAAUCGCCAGCCUUUGAGCAGAAAGCGACGCUCUACGGACGCAAAUAUUUGUCUUGA